AUGCCCCUGAAGCUGUGUCAGGAUGUGACUGACAGGAAGAGUUGGCCUCGAUACCACACCGGUAGAUCCAUAUAUUAUAUACUGGUUGGUUUCUAUACAGAUCAUCUCUUACCCAUCCUGUCCCCAUGUCCCCAUGCCUUCCUCUCCCCUGCGCCCCCUGCCAUCUCCCCUGCCUUCUCCCCUGCGCCCCCUGCCUUCUCCCCUGCGCCCCCUGCCAUCUCCUGCCCUCUCCCUGCGCCCCCUGCCAUCUCCCCUGCCUCUCCCCUGCGCCCCCUGCCAUCUCCCCUGCCCUCUCCCCUGCGCCCCCUGCCAUCUCCCCUGCGUCCCCCUUCCAUUCCUUCUCCCUGCCCUCUCCCCUGUGCCACCCUGACCUGUUCCCUGCGCCCCCCUGCAUUUCCCCCUGCGUCCCCCUGCCAUCUCCCCUGCGUCCCGCUUCCCAUUCCCUCUCCCCUGCGCCCCCUCCCUCUCCCCUGCGCCCCCCUGCCCUCUCCCCUGCGUCCCCCUUCCAUUCCCUCUCCCUGCGCCCCCUGCCCUCCCCCUGCGUCCCCCUUCCAUUCCCUCUCCCCUGCCGCCCCCCCUCCCUCUCCCCUGCGCCCCCUGCCAUCUCCCCUGGCGCCCCCUCCUCUCCCCUGGCGCCCCUGCCAUCUCCCUGCGCCCCCUGCCCUCCCCCCUGCGUCCCCUCCCAUUCCCUCUCCCUGCGCCCCUGCCCAUCUCCCUGCGCCCCCCCUCCCUCUCCCCUGCGCCCCCUGCCAUCUCCCUGCGCCCCCCUGCCCUCUCCCCUGCGUCCCCCUUCCCAUUCCCUCUCCCUUGCGCCCCCUCCCUCUCCCCUGGUCCCCUGCCCUCCCCCUGCGUCCCCCUUCCCAUUCCCUCUCCCCUGCGCCCCCUGCCAUCUCACCUGCGCCCCCUGCCUCUCCCCUGCGCCCCCUGCACUCCCCCUGCGUCCCCCUUCCCAUUCCCUCUCCCCUGCGCCCCCUGCCCUCUCCCCUGCGCCCCCUGCCCUCCCCCCUGCGUCCCCCUGCCCUCUCCCCGCGCGCCCCUCCCCUGUCCCCUGCCCUCUCCCCUGCGCCCCUGCCCUCUCCCCUGCGCCCCCUGCCCUCUCCCCUGCGCCCCCUGCCAUCUCCCCCUGCGUCCCUUCCAUUCCUUCUCCCCUGCCCUCUCCCCUGUGCCACCCUGACCUGUUCCCUGCGCCCCCUGCCCCCCCCUGCCCCCCUUCCCAUUCCCUCCCCCCUGCGUCCCCCUCCUCUCCCCUACGCCCCCCUCCCUCUCCCCUGCGCGCCCCUGCCCUCCCCCCUGCGUCCCCCUUCCCAUUCCCUCCCCUGCGCCCCCUCCCUCUCCCCUGCGCCCCCUGCCCCCCCGCUGCGUCCCCUUCCCAUCCCUCGUCCCUGCGCCCCUGCCCUCUCCCCUGCGCCCCCUGCCCUCCCCCCUGUGUCCCCCUGCCCUCCCCCCUGCGUCCUCCUUCCAUUCCCUCUCCCCUGCCGCCCCUGCCCUCCCCCUGCGUCCCCUCCCCAUUCCCUCUCCCAGCCCUGCAUCCAUAGAUAG